AUGCAAUUUGAUGAAAAUGGAAAAGCUGUUAAACAAUACAUUGGAGAAGGUGAAAAUGGUCCAAUUAAUUCAUACCGUCAUAAUCCAUAUUCUUAUUUCAAUGAAGAAUUAAAUGCUAUUGAAGAGGGACCGGAUGGAUUACCACGAUAUUCUAACCAGUUUGAUGGUCAAUAUACAAAUAUUAGACCCGAAAUUUCAGCUAAGAAAUUCUUUAAAGUUGCUUUAUUCGAUCCAGUUUUCGCAAAUGUUAAAGAUGAACUUAAACAGCAAUUCCAACCAAUUAUAGUAGCAAGAAUUGCAUCAGGUGCUUUAUCUCAAGCAUUCAAAGAUUUAAUUAAGAAACCAUUAUAUCAGCAACGAGGUUUAACUUAUGAUUUAGUUAAGGAAUCAGAUAAAAGAAAAUUUGAGAAAUCAGUUGAUUAUAAGAAUGCAAUUAAUGAAUAUAUUCGGUCUAUUAAUUUCGAUGAAACAGCUAAAAAUCAACUUCAUGAACAAAUACAAGGGAUAAUAGAUUCAAAAGUUCCAGCAAAAUAA